AUUAAUCCAGGUGUGUCUGCGUUCUUGAGUUCGUAAGAACUUCCCUUCGUAGGGAUUUUUUCUUCCUCAUCGAAAAGCUUGCCGACGAGAUUUUCUUCUACUUCUGCCAUGUCGACGGUCGAGGAGGAUAGUCCGGCGGUCGAUGUCGGUGAUCCGGCGGAAGACAGGCUUGAACCGGCGGAGGAUGGUGAUGGACUGUCGUAUGUCUAGAUUAGGGUUUUUCUCUAGGAAUCUUGCUCCGAUACCAUGAAGAAAAUAAUAAGAGGGAAAAUAUUCUGUAUAUUGAAUUGUUCUGCUAAGUACAAGGAGUUUCUCCUUUAUUUAUAGGAGAGGAUAAAGACCAAAACACAAAAGGAAUUCUAUUCCUACAAGGAAACAAAUCACUAAAUAUGAACAAGGAAACAAAUCAAGAGCAAUCCCACUUAGAAUGGGAUUUGCUCUCCUUCUUGCCGUGUGGUCCAAGGAGCACCGCACAACACAUUUCAACCUCAGAGUGUGAGCGAUUAUCUUUUGUGCACAAAAGGAAAAGGGCGUAUUGGAUCAAAGUUGAGCUUGGAGCAACUGAUCGAGCCCGCCCUUCUUCCUCCCGCGCCCAUUUCUGGGUACAUUAGAGGGAUUGCAACCAAGACGACCGAGAUGAUAAUAAGCGACUUGUUAUCUGAAACUGCUCGGAUCCGAAGAUCUUCUCAAGGCGAAUUUGAGAGUUUGAAAAGCUCUGGUGAUUCGCAACAUGAUAAUGUGUGGGAUAUUAAGGAGAGGUGGGCGUCGAAGAGAAGAAAGGGAAGGGAUCGUA